AUGUCUCGGCACAGAAAUCUACGGAGGUUGGAUUCCGAUGGUAACUUGUUGUCCUCCAAAGUAUUUAAUUCGUACAAUGACAGACUACAACACAUAUGACGAUCUUGUUCCAAGUUCCGUCGAUGAUGAUUACGGGAUUUCUCCUAACACAGGUGCCUGGAUGAUAAGUCUUAUGCAAUUCCUUAGCCAACCAGUUCUUUUAUGGUCCCUCGGGUCAUGCGAACGGUGGUCACUUACCACCAUUUACAAGGACGCCGCUCAACUUAACUGAAGAAGAGUUUCCCGACCAAGACGAGACGUUAGGUAACUUUUUUUAUUUUUUUAUUAUCCAGCCGCUGAUGCUGCGUCAGGAGGCAAUGCAAACGAAGAUAAUUCGAUGCUGGAGUUACAAUUUGAUGACCUAAUCCUCGAGAGUGGGGCUGACCAGGUGGUUUGUCAAGGUUUGCGAACUUUUCCUACGAAUUUCUAUUCUAAAAGGUGUCAGAACCAACGUUUUCCCUACAACAACUUUUGUGAAAUCCGACAAUACUCUUGAUACAUCAGAUGAACUGCACUUUGACACAUUUGCCCAACUUACUGGACUGACUCAUCAGACCUCCAAGCCUCCCGUUUCGUUAAGGCACCCAACGCCAUUCGUUCAAAAAUCUAUUUCCGCCUUUACUUUUCCCUCCAGGCUAGAGGAGGUGGCUCAGCACGUGCUAGGAAUGCAGAAAAUUCCCGACUUAUCUUCUAAGACACUAAAGACAGAAUCAGCGCCACACAACCCACCCUCACGUUUGGGAUCUUUCUUCCAAGCCAUUAGCUCUCCCCGCUCGCGCCAGUUUUCGGAUUCCCUAGUUGAUAUAAUGAUCACCAUAAGGCAUAGCAGACCAUCCAUUUUUCUUCACCAGUCAGAAAGUACAUCCGAAACGCUUCCUCGUACCGAUUUUUCCUCUGCGCAUCCGAUCGAAAAUAAGCCAGAUACGUCUUGUCUCAACAAAAAGUCGAUUCUACUUCCACACUCAAGAAAAAUAAAGCCCUCGAGUAUGUAUACUUACUUAUUGUGUUAUGUUUGUUCUCAGUCAACUCGAUUCUGAUGACUUUCAUACUUAGAUAACGUUCCAAUUUUCUCAGACCCCAGGUUUUUUCUGCGCGCUAAUGUUUGGUAACCACCCCAAAGUAAAAAAAGUAGGCAGAUACCAGUUUCUUGCCAGUCAAACAAAUUUCUUUCGAGCACUGUUAUUUUCAGCCAAUUGUCACUCAUGUGUUAGCUACACAGUUUAUCACUGGAAGUAGAGGAUAAGUUACUUUGCAUGUUUUUUUCCUCCGCAUUGACUUGCGUUUCCGUUUAUAAUCACUGCAUUGCUAGUUUAGACAGCUUUUCAAUCUCUAUUCUUCCUGAACAUAAUUCGUCUUUAGCGAUAAGUGGGCAUUCUGUUACAGGUUGCUGUGAAUCCGAGUAAUUGAACGGUCAGUUUGUAGCCGUGGAUUAUCCGCCCCAUUUUAAAGUCAGAUUUUGCUUUUUCAUUUUUUUGCGGAGGAGUCUGAUUUUUCGAUUGAGAGGACUUUCCUCUAGAGGCCUGUCACGCGAAUUUUUCAAGAUGACACUUAAUUCUCGAGUAUUCUUCCCGUUCCAGGGACGACUGCGAUGGAGCAACUGACAAGCGCUCCUUCGGAACAGGUUAAAGUUUUGCCAAAUCCAACUCCUCAAACACCCCUCUCCGAAGUAAUACGCAAGCCUGGCGACUCACUGCCCAAAACACCGAGUGACACAAGAAUGGACCACGCAAACCAUGCGACUCCCGCAAAAUUUGUCGACAGAAAGCCUCUUGUGCAGGAAUACGAGCAAAGGUGCCGGGCGGGCUCCGAAAAGGAAAUAAUAAAUCUUAUCGUAGUUGGUAUGUGUGGUGCAUACUACUUUUCCAAUUUCUGUAACGCGCUAAGUCAUCAACUUUCAUGCAUUUAGGUUUAUCUGUUCGAAGUCAUUUUCUGUGCUUUUCUGCUCAUCAUUCGGGUUCACCUACCUUCCGCUCAGUGACCUUUUUAUCCAACCAGCCACGGCUUUGGCACAGUCAUGUUUGGAGGACGAGUAAAUUACGGCUUCCUGGAAUAAAGGCCCAUUCAGUUGCGGUCGGAUUGGAUGAUUGAAAGUCUCUCAGUUGUCCUGGGGGAGUUCUCCGCUACCAAAUGUCGAAAGAUUUUCGAACUCCAAAAACACGAAUCGUCUUGUUAUGAACUCCUACAUUCGAGCCAACUCGCUAGCUGCUCCGUUGUUGGCGUUUUGCGAUCAGUGCUGAAUGCUCCAACCGGGUCUUGCCUGGGACAAUACAGUUGCUGUAUUUGACAUCAUGUUCCAGUACCCGAGAACUGCAUUCCGUUCAAAUUUUCAAUCGGUGGUAGAUUUUCGCGUAGACGAAACAAAUGUCAGUAGACAUGCGACUCUAUUGUCGCUAAACUAGGAAUUCAGGACAGAGGUUGAACACAUCUCAGCUCACAGUAAUUAUUUUCUUCUCAAGAUAUAACUGGCUUCUCCCCCGUGUACAGGGUCGUCAAAGUAGACGUCUCGAACUUUGGUAAAACAGAAAAGGUUCCUCCACGUGAAAAUUUUCGACUCCUACGCCUUAUCCACAACUGCAUAGUUGGCGAAUCUCGGGAAUUGUCUUAAAACCUACCAUCGCGAACGUAGAAGUAUUACUAGGCGGUUUCAAUGCAUGAAGUUUCCACGUUAUUCAAUGGGUAAAACUUUUGAACGUUUGAUUGUCUUUCUUCGACGCUCAUUUAUCUAUGCUAAAAACAGAACAAUAUUAGGAAGGGAAUUGCCACAGACUACAUGCGUGCAGCACCCUCUAUCAUUAGGGAUAAUUGCUAUGUUUUGACCAUGAUACUCGACACAAAAGGACUCGAGUCUUCUUGAGUACGUUUUAAGCCAGUCUACUGAUCAACUGCCAAUCACGAUAUAUUUAUCUUUUAUUCUUAUUAAGAGUGGCGUGUUUGGCGGUUUUUUCUUAAAAAAUGCUGUGGAUUGAGCUGACGAAUGCCCUUCUGAACGUUUGGUUCAACUAGCAAUUGGCGGCGUCUCCUGUCAGUGAAGUAGUGGAAAGUCGUUGCUCCGAGCUUUUCAGCCACGCAUUCAACUGGCCCGAAAAUAACCUUCGUUUAAAUUCUUGUCCUGAAUUAGCGCUGCUGUUACCACGAGUAAUAUCGGCUACCGCACCAGCCAGUUGCUCGGUCUUCGCCAAAACCCUUAAAAACUAGGUCACGAGUAUACGAUACGCCUUUCAAGACACUCCUUCCGUACAUAUAUGAAACGUUAUCUGUAUGUUAAAGAGACAUCCACCACCUGCAAGUACUCGAUCGACGAAAUUCGAGAUGAGGUUUCCGAAUUCGUCUCUUGCCGUGUUCGCAGAACGGCUAUACAGUUAGCCAGGAACACGGCUCCUCAUAUAUGUCCUCCCUACAGAUGGAGGUGGCUCGUCUGUGUGCUACGUUUUCUUGAAAGAUGAGAUCAUCCUUGUUGUCCUCUCACUCGAACUCACCAUGGCAGCAACGACUUUGAGGUUUUCAGCCAAAGACGCAAUGAUAGCCGGCUGAAAUCACAUCUCCAUGGCCGGACGACGCCUUCUCCUUACUGCGUGGGUUCGAAUCCCACCGAGGCGUCGAGUUUUUCACAGUCGGGUCAGUAUGAAUUAUUCAAAAUCUGCCAAAACAUCCAUGAAUUACGUGAGCCUGGUUGUCAUCUGGUGGAUUCUAGGUGAAUUACUUAGGAAAUCCUGCUUGGGCAGUUAACUUACUGUAUCACCAUAAACAAUCUUAUGCGCUUUUACACCAUCACGAUGUGUUAAAAGUCGUUGUUUGGAAGGCUGCCAGCUGACGGGAUAAUACGGUCCUUGCUAGACACAGUCAGGCUGCGGUGGCUUCUGCGGCAUUCCCACUCAUGAAAUCCCAGCCGUUGCUGUGUAUCCGUGAAAGCCCGGUCAAUCGUGCGUGGACCGGGCGUGUGUGGCACGCGUAGACGGGUUGUUUAGCCCGGUCUGACUGUGCCCGAUCCCACCUCCGGUCUUCCCAGCUCUGUCUUGACACCUGACCUAGGUGGAUGAGGGAGGCGAGAGUGCGCUCGAUGCUGCGUAAGUCUGUUUUCACUUAAAUGAUUCACGGACAGGACACUGUCCUGUUGUCCGUGUUGUGGGACACAUAGUGGACAUCGUUGUUCACGACAGUCAAACUGACGCGACUAUGAAACACUCCUAUGCCUGACGACUUUAUCAAGCCUCUGGGCAGUUUUUUACAAACUACUCGACAGCGCUUGUAAAAACCUACGGAAAGGCAAUAAGUUUCAGCCCUCGGCUCAUCCUGAACUGCGCAUUGUACAUUCAAGUUUUUGUACAUCUUUUUUUUGCUUAGGGCACGUGGAUGCGGGCAAAAGCACACUCAUGGGCAACGUGCUCUACCAGUUGGGCCACGUCAGUGGUAAACAGUUGGCAAAGUACCAAUGGGAAGCCCAGAAACUGGGGAAGGCCUCCUUCGCCUACGCUUGGGUACUGGAUCAGACUUCAGAGGAGCGAACUCGCGGCAUCACAAUGGACAUUGCACAGACGGCGUUUGAGACCAACAGGAAGAGGGUAUGCAAAAUUCGGAUGUCCGCUUUUGAUGUUUGCAGGCUUACCACAAACUGCCCAUUUGGUGCGGAGUCUGCCAUCUACUGUACGUGAGCCAAAUUUUAGGAAACAUCUCUACUCACUCCGAAACCGGUUCAAAUAAGUUGACGAAAGUCCGAAUUAAUUAUGGACGACCUUAAGGGAAAUUGAAAUAUUUAAGAAAUACUAAGAAGAGCAUUAGGUUUUUAGAGAUGACAAUUUUUUGAGAAGGGGAGAUUCGGAGAACGUCUUUGUAAGUGAGAAAACCCAAUUUUCGGAAGUACAGAAAGUCUGACCAUGCAAAUAACUGGGUAAGUAAAACAGCUAUUAACAUAGGGAAUAUAAUGUAACGUUGAUUUCUGCCUGUAAACAUUUACGAAGUAACAUUUUCUCCAUGGAACGGGACACUUUCUGGAACGGGCUAGGCUAAUACCUAACAUGUGCAACAUAAGAACCGGACGGCAAUGAAUCCCUUAUGUGGCCUUUAUGGUCCUUCCACUCAGCUGGGAUCCGAGCCGUCCCCGUUUUCUUGUUGUUUGAAGUCUUGGUUUUUUGUGUGUAAAUCAGGGGCUGGUGGCACGCGUAGAAGCUGAUUCAAGUCGAGUCAGCCCCCGGCUUCCUCUACGAAUCUCAGUCUCCUUGAUUCUGUCAUGACACUGAUCCCAGAUGGGUGGAGAGGAGAGAGUGCGGUAGAUGCAGCAAAAGUCUAAUACCACUAAUAAAAUAGUUCGCGUUAAAGUCACCGUCCCUGCGUCCAUCCUGCUGUGGGGAACACGAUGUAGACAUCGUCGAUAACGACGGUCUAACUUUCAUGUGGAACGUUAGACUUGAAUGCACAAUGACCCACUGGAUCCAGGUUCAGGCCAUGCGUGUGCCAGCACCUGAGUGUCUGACUCCUUGCCAUCUGAUGACAACUAAUAAGCGAGAACUGACCAUUCCAGAAUUCGUCACCCUUGUUGGUAACGCCUUUCCAAAUCAGGCUGUCGAGGUACCGCCAAGUGAGUUUGUUAGGCAUCCUUUGUGUUGACUACCAAGGAAUACCGAGUUACAAACCCCUCACAACUACUUGACCUUUAUCCCGUCGUGACGGGGCAGAAUUUGAAGACCGCCAUUUCGUGGUGCCGUAAGGCACACAGGCGACGAGGUCUGAGACGGUCAAGGAAGUGCACCAUCUAAUGCUUAAGCCGCGGGACUAGUUCCUUCUCGAUGGUCUGAUUGUUUCGCGACCGACACUGUGUUUUUUUGUUUUAAGGCUCCGAUGUCAAGACCAAAAACUAAAAAUAUCGAACGAGAAAGAGCUCAGACUCAGAGCUGGUGCCAUAGAGUAUCCCAAUAACCAGCCCCGAACGCAUCUUCGCAGAGUCUGCUUUAUCUGAAUAUGUUGAUUAAGGAGGUCCUCAGUAGGCUCCUAUGUGAACGACUAGACUGCUUCCUAAUCACGGAGACUUACUCCUUCAAUUUCCUCCUAUAUGGUCUGUGCCACAUUUUUACGUUGGGAACAUAGUUUGCAGCGCACUGACCUUGUGGAUCGAGAUAAAUAGUGCUGUUUGGGUGCCAUUCUGAAUAGGCGCAGUGACGGCUGUUUAUCAUCAUAUCCCCGAUGACGAUGCUGAUGCUAAUGGGUACACAUGAUGCAAACACAAACAACGUUCCCUUCCAGGGGCGAGCUGCAAGAAGAGAGAGAAGGUGGGUGGUAGUGGUGGUUUGGUGAUGCCGAGAGUAUCAUAAAAAGCACAACCUUCUAUUCUAACCCUUUGCACCACCCUUUAAGGUAAAGUAGAUGUGCUAACUCGUGAAAUGUUAACGGGAAGACUGUAAUGCGUUUUCGACUCGGAAAGAUUACUUUAGUAGGGUUGUAAUAUUAGGUACCGUGCAGCGUAAUUCCAAGAUAUUUCAGUUACUUUGAGAUGCCGGCCUUUGACCGAACUUGUUUCCGGCCGCCUGCAAAAACUACACUCCCUAAAAAUGACUACUUAAGCAGUAUGAAUUUUUCUCUGGAUUUUCGAUGCCCAUUAUAACCUCAGACGCAUUUCAUAUGAAACGUGCAUCUUUGGUCAUGGAGUUUGAAUCCAAAGUGAUCCACACUUGGGGUUGGAUAUGACUGGUUGAUGACGGCCAUUAAGUCAGAAAUGACCAUUCCGGUCUCCCUUGUCUUUGUCAGUAUCGUCUCAUCUAAUUCUACUACCAGUCGCUGUGCGACUGCCUGCGAGGGUUUAAGUAUGAGCCCCAAGGCACAACUGAACGAUCAUGUUCUCUAACCUGGUCGGUGAGCGCCCAUCUGUCAUAAGGGCGUCGAAAAUCCAUGAAAAAAGUAUACUACUUAAGUGGUUAUUUUUUGGAAUGUAGUUUUUUCAGGCAGUCGGAAAGAAGUUCAUUUGAAAGCUGGCAUCCUGAAGUAACUAAAUUAUCCUGUGAGUAUGCUGCGCGAUGAUGAAUCUUACAACCUGACUUAAGUAAUCUUUUCGAGUCGAAAACGCACUUCAUAAUUUCGGUUAACAUUUCACGAGGUGUGUGGCUGUGCCCACGCCUGAUCUAGCCGGCCUCGGUGAUGUGGUGCAUUGUACCUCUCCACGCGGCUUACCCGUUAGCCUAGCUACUAGCUACGCGGCCUGUCCAUAGGUUGCGAAUAGUGGAACGGGUUUCGGCGGAAGUUAGCUGCGAAAAAACAGGCUCUUGGGUUUGGAGAAUAAGCAUUCGCGAACCAGCAGCGACAAGGCUACCAGAGCGCGGAGGGCUGAGGUCUGGCACGCCGACUACUGCUAUAUAAAAAGCCGUAAAACCCGAUGACGGCACUAUGACGCGGUGACCGUGAACCACCAUUAAAUAAGUUUGCUUACCACCGCUGCUUUGUGGCUAGAUUCUUGAGCCAGAACGGUAGGGGAGACAACCUCGAACAAACAAUCUGAGCGGCUGUUGAAGACCCGCUUGUACUCAAAAUUCCCGAGAAACCUCAUGAAAUAUGUUCGGCUACCCUUUUAGGUUGUCCUUCUCGAUGCACCUGGCCACCGAGACUUUGUGCCCCAGGUGAUUGGUGGUGCCGCCCAAGCCGAUGUUGCCCUCCUAGUGGUGAACGCCACAGCCGGCGAGUUUGAAACGGGCAUGCAGGUUGGUGGGCAAACUCAAGAACAUGCUCGCUUGGUGCGACUACUCGGUGUAUCCUGUCUGAUUGUGGUGGUGAACAAAAUGGACACCGUGUCCUGGUCUGAGGAACGCUUCAAUGAGAUCAAGACCACCAUGCUGGCCUUCCUGAAGACCAUCAACCAGACCGCCGUUGCCUUCUGCCCUGUAUCGGGUCUUUUGGGCGUGAACCUGAUCAACUCUACUAACUGUCCGCCGGAGGCUGACAUCGACGAACUGGCGCCCUGGUACGAUGGCCCCUGCCUCUUGGACAUAAUAGGUACACUUUCCCCCCCGCCCCUAUAAAUGCCUCAAUUUUUCCAUCAUUAUUGCAGUUGCGUUUUUAUUUGUUUUUUUUUCAAUCACCGAACAGAAGUUACUGCACUUCUGUUUAAUUUUUAUGGGGAUCUUCUUGGACAAUGAAACAGAGUGGACGAACGUCCGUCAGGACUGUGUUGUUGGGAUAAAUGACUGAGUAAAGGCGGAACGCUAAGAGUUUUUGCUUAUUCCCGCUAGCGGUCCUGACACGGCGAUUCGACCUCGCCUGAGCAUUCAUAGCUCGGAAACCUUGAAUUUGAGGAACAGGGUAAACGCCUAUUACUUUUGUCUGGUCCUAUUAAACAGUGGAAAAUGUCCUAGAAGAUUCACUACUAACAGAAUAUGCUAUUUCCUGUUGAGCAACGACACAACAGUUCGACCACGGCUCAACGAGGUGGACGCAGCCGUGGUUGGCAGGUUGGUGCUGAGGUCGUUGUUGAUGUUGACGUUUCGUAUGUCUCUUCGCUUUGGCUGCAUUUUAGGGUAUAUCCUCUAGUCCUUUUUCUCCCUUGACGUGCCAAGUAGUGCACUCAUAAAUAGGGACUGUCUAGUCAUCCCGGGUGGCCGCCGAACACCACUAUUGAUCACGACUUUGGUGCAAUGGGAAGACGAUCCUAACUACCCGCCAGGCCUCCUGACACCCUCCCUGCAAGACUUUUUCUCCUGAUGAGAGGGGGGGGGGGUCUGGCUUCAGUGAAAGGAUUAACAGGCAGGCCAGAUGCACUCAUCUGGUGUAGCCCGACAGUCAAGGACGGCUACACGCAUGGCUAAAUGGAGCCACUAACGAGAGUUGGGUGCCAGGGCCGUGCGAAGUAGAAGCAGUCACCAAGGGAUGGAGGACAGUUAUGAAUGGGAUGCUCUCCCAAAAUGUCUGCAUCUGAAUUGCGGACCUGUCUUGUGAGCGGUUGAAAGGCGUUGCAACAAAACUCCGCGGAAUGUCAAGUAACAGAACAUUUCUGCACGGAAACGGGAGAGCUUACAUUGUAAAAAAUUACUUAAACUCGGACAAGCAGCGCCUGUACACCCAACGUGUUCACAUGAACGCAGCAUGUUCUCUUCCUUUGAUUCUAAUUCGUGGAAAAGUGUGAGACCACGAGGACGGCAUCAAAAUCCCCAUUUUCACAGCCGGCUUUAAUUCUAGAAUUGCGAAUGUGGAACCUUUUCUCUGCCGGAGCCUAGGUAACAAGUUAUGACAAAAUCAAUGUGCUUUAUACAACGUCACUUUCUUGCCAAACUAAUUUCAACCCCAUAAUAAAAGUUCUCUAGCUGCAAUUUCAUCUUACUGGCGAAUAUAUCGGCGACCAAGCAUUGUUCAGGUCUUUUUUUUCUACUGAAGCCAGUCAUAGCCAUCAACUAACAAUUACGCGAAACUGCAUCACUUCACCCAAUGCACGUAGAAAAUCAUUUAAGCGAGUUUUUCCGAAGGAAUUUCCGCCAGUUUUGUACGUCUCGAGAUUCAUCGUACUGGUGGUGGCAUCAGACAAAUCCCUGAAAUGAUUUUCGGCCUUGGGGGUUACUUUUAGUUGGCCCUAAUUUGGACUCCGCGGGCGCUAUCUGACAGCCGUCCAGAACUUGUGCAACACUAAAGUGUCGUCAAGUCACUUUUUUCCCUCUUUCCGAAGUCCCUUUUCACUCAGAGAACCCUGAUCACGCCCUGGUCAACUUCUUGCAUUUCAGACGACCUAGAACCCGUGGAGCGGCCGGUAGGUGGCCCAUUCCGCUUUGUCGUCAGCGACAUUUUCAAACCCGUGGGAUCAAGUGUUCCUGUGGUCGCUGGUCGCAUUGUGUCUGGUGCAAUCUCAGCGGGUGUAAACCUGCCCACGAGUCGUAUUGUCUGCCUUCCCAUUGGACACUCUGGAGCUGUAAAGUCGAUACGAUCUCUGUCGGGCACCGGCGAUGGUGGAAAAGUUGACGGUUGGUCAUACUUCCCUCUCCGUGUCUGUGCUUCUUUGUAUUCCCAUUUGAUCUUCACCCCUCCCCCCCCUUAAAAGAUCACUUGAGUUUCUCGUUUAUAUCAACCGAUUUUUUGCCCCACUUGUUCAAAACUGUUGUCGGAGAAAUUACAGACUCCCAACACUUUUAGUGUGUCGUAGCCACCACCAACCCCUGUCUAUCGCUAAAUCACAAAAUCGGUGCAACAUUGUCCGGUUGGUUGGAGAACACGCGUUACCCCUGUUAUUAGAUAUACAGACAAGGACGAGCCCCACGGGACUUCAUUGGCACUCGUAAAUUUCGUCACAAUUAUCGCAAAGAAAUUUGUUUGAUCUAGACGCCUACCAGACAAUUUUUCUAACGGGACACUGUCGGGAAAGUGUUUGCCGACGUCAUUCUAGAUCACAUAACUUUGAGAGAGUGUAUCUGCCGAAGACGUGGUAAUGCUUAUGUGGACUGUGGAGAAAUUGAUGUGAUUUAGAAGUUUUACGGACAAGGAUAUGAACACUGGAAUUACCACUACUGGCAUGUUUGUCAUAAUCGACCGUUGAUAUCGCAAACCGAAAGUGCACGUCCGACGUUUGAAUCCGAAUCGGUUGGAGAAGUGCCGUCGCCACUUCCACCACUCAACCGACAUGACGUAAGCCACCAGUGCAGUGGUGGAAACUUUGCUCGAUUAUCAGCUAGGUCGGGUUACAGUCCCCGGAUGUGCACCCCGCGGUGUCUGGAUAUCACUGACUGAUGACUGCAGGUGAGCCAGAAAUGACCGCUAUUCAGCGUCGCCUGUCUUCGCGACUACUGAUUCAUAACGCUGAUGGGACCUACUGGAACGCACAUCCAGGAACACAAAACAUCCUGUCUGUUUCAUAUAAAAUUCUAGUGGAUGUCUCCAAGAGGGUUCGUUACGCUGUCAUCACCUUCGAAUGUGUCCUCAGUGCUGUUAUGGAACCCGAGUUAUUCCGGAGCUUGAGUAGCCGACUGCGCACACACCAAACGGAUCAAUAAGGCAGUGGCAGAAAGCGGCAACUGCGCAGUUCCCCGCAUCAGCGAGCGAGCGAUCGCCUCGCCAUCUUGAACCUGCCAGCCUUCUUGGAAGGUGCGACUCAGCCCAGUCCCGCAGCCGACGGAGAAGGCGACCUCGAAAUCUCCCGUAAUAUCUCCCUAACUGUAAAAGGAGUUGGCUCGACUGCCUCGAAGUAGACCAAGCAUCGAAAAAAGAUCCUCCCAAGCUCGACAUGCUUGGUGAUCUGCUAUUUAAAGGGCAAAGACAACCCUGGAAGUUAUAACGACACAGACUCUCAAGAGGUUUGACAAACACCAGGGCGCAGUGGCACCACACUGUCAUCAACGUCGCGUAACGUCGUUCUCGUUGCUGAUGCUGCAUCUUUAGCACAUGGGUUGGGAGAUGAGAUCGGGUGUGGGUACUUUGCACACCUCCCACGAACCAAACUUGACUCGUCUAAAAGUCGUUAUCAGCGAGUUGCCAUAAGGUCUUACAACAGUUACUGCACAAACAAAAUGCUCUUCGGGAAUUGCUUUGGAUUUUAAAAAACCUUACCUCACGUUGGUGUCCAACCGUGUCAGUAUAUGUCACUCUAGACAAAGAGCCAAAGGCAAGAGUACCGUUACAAGGACCUGGAACACCGGGUCCUGUCAAGGACGCAAGGCUGAUUCGACCACAUUAGUAGGUCAAAAACAAACUUGAUCUCGUCGUGCUUAAGGUCUGUACGGUGGACGCGAAGGACUUGAAGAAGGCGCAAACUCAUGCUCACUGGGUACGCAGUUCGUCCGUCUCAAGCGACGAGGACUACCACUGGCCCCCUCGAUAGAUUUGCGUCUGACUUAGUUCGUAGUGAUAGGCACUUUCUGGGCGUCCACCCCACCCUCUCUCAACACUCACCAUAUUCCAGGGUCAAGGGAACUGUUACAGUGCCUGAUGAGGCCGAGGCGACCUGGUUCCCGACACACUUUAUUGGCGGACCCAGUACAGCCCGACGCCCAGUCCUGAGUGAGACGGGGUCAUCCUGCUGGUUGGCGACCUAUGACGCCACGGCUCUUAAAGUGCUGGUUUGGAGGCACUUUUGGUUGCCUACAGCGAGGUACCUAGGUGUCGGACGACACGAGCCGGACCGACCUCUCUCCUAUGACACCAGUAAGUCCGAGCCAAACUGCCUAAAGGUGGGAUCGGGCGCACCAUCCACCACAUAUUGGGCUUCUGCUACACACCUGCCAUGCUCUCUUAUGUCUACUGCGCCUUUUUUCCCUACUUGUCCUCCUGUCUGAGACACCAACUGACCGUUUGACGCCCUCUUUCCCUCGUGUUGUUGCUCACACUGGCACCCCUUCCUGUUCAGGUUGUUUGCUAGACCAAAGUGUAAAGUUCGCCUUUGCGGGCGACCAGGUGGCCCUUAUCCUCCAAGGCAUUGACCCACACGUCUCCCUGUCCCCCGGCGAUGUCAUCUGCGACCAGAGCAACCCCGUGCCCGUCUCCUCCCGCAUCCGUGCCCGUCUGCUGGUGUUCGCGCCUCAGCAGCCCAUCACACGGGGCUACCCUGUCAUCUUCUACUAUCAUUGUAACAGUGUGCCGGCCACCAUCACAAAACUCCUAUCAGCCACCCUGAAGGAGAAGAAGGCCAAGAAGGAGGUGGUGAAACCAAGGUGCUUGCCCGACACUGCCGAAUUGAUCUUUGCUACAAUUACUUCUCCGAGGGUUUUCAGCCUCUUUCCCCCUCAAACCCAGCCGCCCAUCACAUUUGUAGUUUAUUUCACCUUCUGAAUGCGCACCUCUUCUGUCGUUUUUAGGUGUCUUUUGGGCAACUGUACUGCCGAAGUGGAGAUAACCUUUGAGCGGCCAAUCUGUCUGGAGACGUAUGACACCUGCAAGUCUCUGGGUCGGUUUAUGCUACGGGUAGCAGGCGAUUCCAUCGCUGGUGGAACUGUGCUAGCUGUAAGCAUUUAGUCCCGUUUAAUCCUCGACAACCCUUAGUAACAUUUUGUUAUUUAAAAAAUCAAAAAAGAUCACGCUGCUUAGAAUCACAGUAGGCAUUGGUUGAAAUCCUAGACUAUGAGGAGCAGGCCCUGGCAAUGGUUCCAACAAGCACUUAGAAUCCAAGCAAAUACAUAUGUCGUUUAUGUAGUGUCCUUUCAUUUCUGAAUAAAAAGCCAACAUUCCACCGUGGGCCAAUUAUCAUGGGUCUAUUUUCCGUGCUUAUUAUUACUCGAACCUCAAUAAAGCACCCUUUUCCCGAUAAAGGCGAGUACCUGCGGUCCGGGUGCGUAUUUGACUUGAGCUAAAGAAGUCUAGUCGGCAACGGUGUAGAGAAGGACCCCACUUAACUGUCAGUAGACUGUGGAUCGUGCCAUACGUGAUUCAUGGUAAAGGGAGUUUUAUGAGUGAGGCAGCACGCUAGACAGUAAGCUGACGAAAUGAAAGAAAAGACAAAAAUUGCCAGGAUUUAUACCGGGUGUCUUAUCCUACGCUAUUGUACGACAGCGGAAAUGAGAGUAGCAAUUAAACAAUAAACAAAAAGUAAAUUUUACAAAAUAACGGAUUCCGAGUUAAGGUGUGAGGUCGUGGGAAGUAAUCGUUGUUGGCAAUGUAAUUUCUGCAUCAGCCUGCAAAUGUGUGCCAAGAUAAAACCCCAUAUGACACGAUCCACAGUCUACUGACAGUUAAGUGGGGUCCUUCUAGGCGAGCGAUAGGAGCGUUUUGUUUUUUUUUUUUAAGUGAGCUGUUGAUCUCAUAUUGAAAUGCAUUGCCAGAGACGGCGGGUGAAGCAAUAGCCGGUGCCGUCAAUUUGGAAAUGACUGCAAUGGUCUGUACGCAGACGUGCGCUCAAUGUGCCGGGCUGCCUGGGAUCUCGCCAGAGGCCUAGGGUGGAGUCGGUUCGCGUUUGUCCGGCUCCCAAGGUGAGAAGCCUUCCAGGCGGCUGUCCAAUUGAACGCGUGACUCUUUUCGGGGUUAUGGGCAGCAACUAGGGGUAGUUAAUUUUCUACAGUGAGUUACCGAUCUCAUGAAAUUUUGGCCAAAAUUCUGUAAUGCGUUUUCGAUUAGGAAGGAGUACUUAGGUGGGGUUGUGAUGCUGACUAUCCUACGGCAUAAUCCAAUAGUAUUUCGGACUUGGCAGGAUGUCGGCUUUUGAAUGCGCUUCUUUUCAACCUCCGGUAGAAACCGUACUUGGUAAAAAAAGGACUACUUAAGUAGCAUGCAUUUUCACAUUGAUUUUUGAUGGUCUUAUAAAUUCAAAUAUAUUUUAUGAAAAACGUGAGCAAAAUAUUCUUUAUUUCACUCGUUUGAUAGAGGAUUACGUCAAGUCCAUAUUUUGUACUCGAAGAAGGAGUAUAAUUAGGUUCUAAAAAGGUUUUCUAAUUCCCGAAUAACUUGGAGCCUGAUCACUCAUUGCAUCAGCGCCUAGUGAUUUCAGACUUCAAGGCGCAUGCGUUCCACGUAAGAACAAUCACAUAUUCUUCUAUGCCUUUCGGAAGAUGCGAUAUCGAGUCUAUAAAUAUUUGCAAUGAAUGCGGACUAUGUUGUACAUUUCUUGUGGAGCAGUGGUAAACGGACAGGUACGAUGCUGUAGAAAUGGGCACUGCACAGUCUUAAAAAAUCUCAUAAUUAGAAACUUUUUAAAAACCUAAAUAUACACUUUUUUCGGGGUAUAAAGUGUAAACAAAAUGUGAUUUUCUACCCAACCUAUAAAAGAAAGCAUAUUUUGUGCAUGCUUUCUAUAAAAUUUAUUUGAAUUUAUAAGACCAUCAAAAAUUAGUGUGAAAACGCAUGCUACUUAAGUAGUCAUUUUUAACCGAGUACGCUUUCUACAGGAGACUGAAAAGAAGCGCAUUCAAAAGCCGACAUCCUUCCAAGUCCGAAAUACUAUAGGAUUAUGCCGUAAGAUAGUCAGCAUCACUACUCCACCUAAGUAAUCCUUCCUAAUCGAGAACGCAUUACAGAAUUUCGGCCAACAUUUCAUGAAAUCGGUCACUCACUGUAUGUUGGGAGGGGGCCCAUCGAUCAGGUUACAGGAUGUGUUUGUCUCCUUGUGCCUUGCGGCUCUGUCUAGAGCCCUCACAGUCAGCCGCACAGCGGCUAGCGAAAUAAGCAGAAGGAGAGUUCCUGCAAAGACGGGGAGACCGUAAUGACCAUUUCCGGUAUCUUAGUCGUUCUCAGUCAACCCAAGCUUGCCGCACCUAAGCCUCAAUCCCGCGCUCGUGUAUACUUGCACAGCGACAACACCAGGAGGAGAUCGCCGUAAUUUAGCACUCUGAUGCUGGUGACCAAGUUAUCCUCAAAUCAAGUGGGGACACCUGAGAUUAAUGCAGGCGCUGCUGAUUCAAAUAUGUGGGGUUGCGUAGCCAUCGAACCAUACAAGUUCUACACCUCAUGAGCAUCUACGGUAUUCAUCUGUUACUGUCUUGGAUGAGGGGUUCGAGAGUGAAUCCGAAACUCCCGGUGAAUAGGCAAGUCUUGUUUCAACGAACGAGUCUCCUUGACCGCCGUACCUUUCGUUCAGGAUUUUCACAAUCCUCUCAUUGCCAGGAUGCUUAGUGAUUUCGGCGUGUCAUUUUACCUCACUAUUUGGUUUAUUUACGCCGUACUUAAAAGUAAUCUUAAAUUUCGUCCGAAUUACCACUACUGCUUUUUAUUUCAGCUUUUUCAGAAGAAGUCCGGUCAUUCUACAACUACCUCGGCCAACUCAUUGAACUGA